GUCGGAUCUCUGAGAGGAAGGGGAAGUAGAGGAAGCUUCUCAGUGCAGCAGUCUCUCAGCCCUUUUCUUUGCUGGAGCCACUGCACAGCCGUUCAUGUUGACGGAACAGAGUCCAUGAACUGAGGCAACUUCUUUGUUUCAUAUAAAAAAAAUUCAGUGAUUUACAUUUCUUCUUAACUGCUUCAUUGUGUUUUCUUGUGCAGUUCCAGACAAACAGCAAUGUCUUACCACAGCUUCCUGCUUGAGCCAAUCAGCUGUCAUGCCUGGAAUAAAGACAGGACCCAAAUUGCUAUUUGUCCCAACAACCACGAGGUUCACAUUUACAAGAAAGAAGGGUCCAAGUGGAACAGGAUUCACGAGUUGAAGGAGCACAGUGGACAUGUGACAGGGAUUGGCUGGGCUCCAGAGAGCAAUCGAAUCGUGACCUGUGGCACUGACCGUAAUGCCUAUGUCUGGACCCUGAAGGGAAAUGUUUGGAAGCCUACUCUUGUCAUUUUAAGAAUCAACCGUGCUGCACGAUGUGUGAAGUGGUCACCAAAGGAGAACAAGUUUGCAGUGGGCAGCGGGUCACGAGUGAUUUCUGUCUGCUAUUUUGAGCAGGACAAUGAUUGGUGGGUUUGCAAACAUAUCAAGAAACCCAUUCGUUCCACUGUACUGAGUCUGGAUUGGCAUCCCAAUAACGUUCUAUUGGCUGCUGGAUCCUCUGACUUCAAAUGCAGGGUUUUCUCUGCCUACAUUAAGGAGGUUGAGGAGAAACCAUCACCCACGCCGUGGGGUUCAAAGAUGCCAUUUGGAGAACUUUUGUUCGAGUCCAGUGGAACUGGAGGUUGGGUUCACGGAGUCUGUUUCUCUGAUAGCGGGAACCGCUUGGUCUGGGUCAGCCAUGAUAGCACUGUGUGUGUCACGGACGCCAACAAGAAGUCAACGAUUGCUACCCUUGACACUGCAUCUCUACCUCUCCUGACUGUUACAUUUAUCACCGAGAGCAGUUUAGUGGCAGCGGGUCAUGACUGCUACCCAGUGCUGUUCACUUAUGACAGCACCAAAGACACAGUGACAAUCGGCAAGAAGCUAGAUGUUCCCAAGCAGAAUGUGCAACGUGGAAUGACAGCUUUAGCAAAAUUCAGGAACCUGGACAAAACUGCAUCAGCUGAUAACACCACCACCACCCUGGAGACCCUACACAAGAACAGCAUCAGCCAAAUUUCAAUCGUUGAGGGUGGAAAGAAGAACUGUUCUAAGUUUUGCACCACUGGUAUGGAUGGUGGAAUGGCAAUCUGGGAUAUUAAGACGCUGGAAGCUGACUUGAAAGAUUUGAAGAUUGUCUGAAUCAUUGAACCAAUGUCUUAAAAUCUGCAAGUCCUUAAACUGCCCUGCCAUUCUUUUUCACAUACCUAUGCUUAAUGCAAUAUAUUUUCAACCAAUUCAAAUAAGGCAAAGGACAUUGACUGAGUGAUGCCCUUUAUUAUAAUCCAUGUACCUAACAAUGCCUGGUACACUUAAAGGUACAGGAGUCUGAAAUUCAGUGAAUUGCUUUGCAAAGACUCUGUGCUUUACUUUUGAAUGCUGCAUAUGGUGCCUUGGGCAAGUUCCAUUUAGUAUCCUCAGGGGUUUGUCAGUUUAAACUUAAGAUUUUCUAAAAAGCAAGAAUCUGCGCUGUUUAAUUAGUUUCAGGCUAUCUUUGCUGGUCAUAAGAUGAAAUCUAUCAAAAUUCUUGCAAUAAUAAAAUUAACUAAUCAAGCACA